AUGACUGGUCGUGGAAAGGGUGGAAAGGGUUUGGGAAAAGGAGGAGCAAAGCGUCAUAGAAAAGUACUUCGUGAUAACAUCCAGGGAAUCACGAAGCCAGCUAUCCGUCGAUUGGCUCGUCGUGGUGGUGUCAAACGAAUAUCUGGCUUGAUUUACGAAGAAACUCGUGGUGUUUUGAAAGUUUUUCUGGAAAACGUCAUUCGUGACGCAGUCACAUACACCGAGCACGCUAAACGAAAGACCGUAACAGCUAUGGAUGUAGUAUAUGCUCUGAAGAGGCAAGGACGCACGCUCUACGGUUUUGGAGGUUAAGGUGGA